GUCGUGUUCGAGUUAUACGUAUUGAACGAGCGCUCGAAGUACUUUUCUUUUGGUUGCAUGUACAGGUGGUAUAGAAGAGAGGGGCUGCAUACCUUCGAAUUGAGACCAGCGUACUGUUGCAUCGAUCGUCGCGAACGGGGUGGUGGCACGCAAAUGGAAGUGUGCUGAAGCAGGAGAAAGACAAACAUGUCUUCCUUCAAGUCUUCACAGCUCAGCAAGGCCAAGCCCCAGCUGGAUCUUAAGGCGCUGAACUCAUUUUCGCCUGCAUGGACCCCGGCUCUACGCUACACGACGUGUAUCGCUGCUCGUUAUGCGGCAUUCGAAUCCGUAAAGAACGCACAAGAGCAAGUCGACAGCUUGGAGCAGAACAAGCAAGCGUCACCCACUGCAUCAGAGCAGGACAAGACGGAGCAUUUUGAGGAAGAGGGAGAGGAGGACGCGAGCGAGGGUCCUGGAAAACGCCAAAGAUGGGUCGAAUACGUCAAAGAUUGGCAAGACUUUGCUCAAAAGUUCACGACAGCUACCUGUCAUCACUUAGGCGUCGCGGAGGAGACACUGCCUCCAACUGACGUUAAUGAAGAAGACGUGCUGCAGGCAGCUAAGGGGGAGUUCAAACCGACCGAGCCUGAGAAGUCGGCGGAAGAGCUCGUCGGAGGCCUCAAGCUCGAUGAUAUUGGUGACAUUCGGCAACGAGUGGGAGGCGCGCUUGAGGACGGCCAGAAUGUGGAGGUGGUCCAUGAGCUACUUCUCGUUGCGUUCGGCCUGGGUCAAUAUAGAGCAGUGGAUGGCACCACCACCCUCUUCGAGCAAGACAUGCUCUUCGGAGCGCUUCCCGAAGAUUCUCCAAUCGGCAUCCAAUCUGGCUUUGAAAAGCCACCGACUCAGCCGCAAGGUCCCUCAUGUAGCGCUCGUAAGAGCACAGAAAGCGCAGUUGCAGAUGCAGACACCAAGGAAUAUGAAUUACCUCCUCCACCACCACACACGAAGGACGCAGUGGACAACAUGUCUGAAGCUGGCACCAAGGCAUGGGGUGCACUCAGCAAGGGAGCUCUAGCAUCGUGGAAUACCCUCACGACCGGCGUAACAGCUGGGGUGAAUGAGGCCAAGAAGGCAGUAGGAAGGUUGGAUGUGCCAUCUGGAGGACCCUCUGAUGGCAGUGUAUCUCAAACGCACCAGGAGAUUGCAUCAGAAGAUCGCAAGGCGAAGCCCAAGGCGCCAACAAAGCCCAAUGAAAUCUGCCACUACGACGCUCGCGCCAGGGCGGUCAUCUUCCGCGCAUGCAAGGCGAUGGGAAUGGCAGGCAUCGAUGUCUACCAAGGAGAAAAGGCACUAGCGCAGAGCAUCUUUUUCCUGCUUCAGGAAGGAAGGAAGGCUGCUACCAACCAGGAUCAAGGAGCCGACCCGUUGCAGAGUCUCCCUCGCGACAACCCUAGGGGGGCGUGGAUGAACACUGUCAGUGCACACACGGUCGACAGAGAGAAGCGUAAGGCGAAUUGGGCACAGUGGGCUGCGACGGGUAUGGGCUUUGCGAUCGGCGGCUCAAUCAUCGGUCUCACCGGGGGGCUUGCCGCGCCACUUGUAGCACCGGCGCUCGUUGGAUUGACUGGGCUGUCCUUCCUUGCGACAACCAGCGGGAUCGUCCUGAUGGGCACAUUGCUCGGGCUUGGCGGAGGAGGGCUGGCGGGCUAUCGCGUGCGACAACGCUUGCGCGGCUUGGACUCGUUCGAGUUUGUCGAGUUGCGCAAUCAGGCACGCGAGGCGGGGCUGGCCAUCCCGAGCCUUCACGCGACGAUCUGCGUCGCGGGUCUGCUACUCAAAGAAGAGGACCAGGUGAAUCCGUGGGCGGACACGUUCGAGCGCACUGUCGAUUCGCGCGACAUCUAUGCCGUCAAGACGGAAACGCACAUGAUGGUGGAGGCGGGCGUCGGUCUGCGCGGAUAUGUGUUGGACCAGCUGAUGCGUGCCGGUGGGGCCAGAGCGGCAGAACAAAUCAUCAAGCACACUGUCCUUGCCGGCCUCACGGCACUGACGCUCCCAAUUGCUGUCUUCAACGCCGCCAGUGCCGCAUUGGAUGGCGUCUUUGUGCGCGCCAAGACCAAGGCGCAUAAAGCGGGCUUGGUCCUUGCUGAGACGCUGCGCAAAGAGGUGCAAGGGCACAGACCUGUCAUCCUCGUCGGCAGCUCGCUCGGCUGCACGACGGUACUUGCUGCGCUCGUCGAGCUAGCGAAGACGCCGAGCGAGACGGCGCAUCUGGUCGACAGCGUAUUUCUUAUCAACGGGCCCAUGACUCCAUCCCCUUCGACGAUUCGCCAAGCACGGAGCAUCGUCGGCAGACGCUUCGUCAACGCGUAUAGCUCGAAUGACAUGGUCUGCGCCAUCGCCGCCUGGCUUGGAUCAGGCAUCUCGCUCGAAGAGAUGCGCAACGGCCAGCUUCCGCGCGUGGCCGGCUCGGGGCCCCUUCUUGGUAUUAGCAACGUCGAGAACAUCGACAUCUCCGACUUGAUCAGCAGCCACUUUGAGCUUUGCGAUGCGACGACGCUGGAGCAGGUGAUCAAGCGCUGCCAAGCCUUUCAGGACUGACGAAGCGCGUUCCUACGGAGAUGUCACAAUGUUAAAAAUGUAUUUUAUCCAUGUAAAGCC